AAUGCACGAGUGCUUUCGGUAUUAGUUUAUUAUGUAAAAUAAUGAUGUGAAUCACAAUUAUUAUUAUUUACUAAAUAACCACGUUUACCAAUUAAUCAGUAGCUUUAAUACAGAACAGAAGUACUCUAUCACGCAAUAUAUAUUGCCAUGUUUUAACUUUUAAUAAGUCACACACUAGGCUCCUUUCUCAACUUUCGAAAACCAUUACACGCGGUGAUAUCGGAAGUGAUGAAGCUAUUACUUGCUACCCUUAUAACUUGCCUGGCCAUCAAUAUCUCCCAUACGCAAGCAAAUCACAACACUCAAAAAGCAACGAUCAACCCCUCUCCCAACUGUCCGAUGUACUGCGGCAAUGUGAACAUCCCAUUCCCCUUCGGAAUUGGCCCCGAUUGUUGCUUAAACAAAUGGUUCGAAAUCCUGUGCAAAAACGUCUCUGGUUCUCAAAACCUUUUGUCAAACAAAUAACAGAGUUGAAGGUUCUAAUGAUUUCCAUCAACCACACGACGCUACUGACAGAAAACCCCAUCAAUUUCUUCAACUGCUCAGACAAUAAGAAAAGCCCAAAUCAAACUAAUCGCCGCCCGGCAAAUCUGACGCUGAGCCCGUUUUCCUACUCGGAGAGCCGGAACAGACUGACGGUGGUGGGUUGUGAUGUCUUCGGCUACAUAGAUUCCAGCCCUGACGACGUGAGAUUCCAGGCAGUUGGAUGUUCAGCUGACUGUAUUCCUAUGAAUAAAAUUUCCUUAAUAGAUGGUCAUAACAAUAAUUCCUAUGGCAGCUGUUAUGGAAGGAACUGUUGCCAGACAAUUCUUCCCUCUUACCUGGAAAGCUACGAAAUAAAUAUCGGUCCGACCAACCAUUGUAGUUACGCGUUCGUGGUAGACAAUGAUUGGUUAUCUAAUGCGAGUUCCACUGUCGUCCGAGAGUUGUUGGAUUAUGUUCCAGUGACUCUAGACUGGGACUUCUUAGAAUACAUUAAUGAUUAUACCAAUAUGACGUCACCUUUGAAACCAAAGUACUCCCACUGCUAUUUGGAAGGAGCCAAGUCUUCUAUUGAAAAAAUGAGGCUUCAAUGUAUGUGCAAGGAGGGAUAUCGUGGAAAUCCUUAUCUUUUAACCGGUUGCCAAGAUAUAGAUGAAUGCGUUGAGAAUUCAAGGCUAUGUCCGGAUGAUCAAAUUUGUGAAAACACUAUUGGAAGUCAUCGUUGUAAAUACAAGACGGUACACAAAAUUCGUCCCAUUCUUGUAGUUGUUAUACCCAGAUUUCGAGCCAUGAUAAAUGUGACCUCGAAAGCUGGAUUCGCAGCGAAUGAACUCGUAAAGUCUGAAGUGUGUUUCAAGAUUAGACAUCGAGCCUGCAAAGCUGGGACGACUUCGAAUAUGGUAGCCUCGAAAUCCACACAAUCUCGAAGGGGAGCUCCCGAGAUGCAUCUACCCUCAGGGAUGACCUCGGAUCAGGGGUUCCGAGCCUGACGCGCGUACAAUCUCGAAAGCCAUGUGACCUCGGGAGAUGUCAUUAGCUCAAACGUUGAUGAGAGACCUGGGAGAAUAAGGCCUUGGAGAUAUAUGAUAAUAAUCUUGAACAUCUACAAGUGUUUUCCAUAAGAGACGUGGUCUACAUUUGUUACUGUAAAUCCCCUAAAAUCAUGGGAUAUUAUUUGAUUAGUUAUACGCCCCUUGGUCUUCAGGGGACGUUUCCUUUUAUAUCGGAUUACAGGCAUUUAAAGCCAUUUGAUUUAUUUGCACAAAAAGAGUAACUACCCAAAAUAUGUGGGAUAGUAUUCGGCAAUCUUCUCUAUAAAUAGAGAGAUCAUGCACCAUUGUAAAGGAGAGAAUUUAUGAAUCUUGAGAGAAAACUCUGAAGAAUUCAUCCUUGAAGAAUUUUCAGAGAUCAUCUUGAGCUUAAUAAAAAAGACUCGUGGACUAGGCAGAUUU